AUGAAUCACACAUUAUCAACAUUAUAUAGCUUCUCUUCUUCACAUGCUUUCUCUCUCUACAUUCUCAAUGCUCCAUUGAUUCAACUCUUUGUUUACUCAUUGACUGCGCAUUUCCACGAGCCACUUUACAGAUCUACACAGAAAAAAAGGGUUCUUCAAUAUGAAUCGCAAGAUUCUUCAUUAGAUGGUGUUCAUCUUCUUCUUCAAGAGGAUAUGCACUUGAUGUCUUUAGAUCAUCAUAUCAUUCAAAUCAAACAAUCGAUAUCCCUACAAAUUCAUUGA